GAGAGACUCUGUACUUGUUCUGAAUUCGUUACGCCAUUAUUAAAUCUCGAUCUCACUUUUCUUCAUUACUACUCCUAAAAACUAUAAUCAUUGAGAAACCCAUUUUAAGAUUACAUCAAUCAUCAUCGCUGUUAGAGAGAAACUGGAGCAACUUCUCAAAUUUUAGCCUUUUUUUGUUUUUGCAUUUUGCCUAAUCGGUGCUUCUCCAGAUUUCGCUUAUCUUGUUCCUAUAGCAUAACAAUGGCGGAUUUCAAACCAAGGAUCGAGAUUUCGUUCCUUGAAACCUUCAUUUGCAGCGCUUUCGCUGCUUGUUUUGCUGAGUUAUGUACUAUACCGUUGGACACAGCCAAAGUUAGACUUCAGCUUCAAAGAAAGAUUCCCACUGGAGAUGGUGAGAAUUUGCCCAAGUAUAGAGGAUCAAUUGGUACUCUAGCUACCAUAGCUAGAGAAGAAGGUAUUUCAGGUCUUUGGAAAGGUGUUAUUGCAGGACUUCAUCGCCAAUGUAUCUAUGGUGGCUUAAGGAUUGGGUUAUAUGAGCCUGUGAAGACACUUUUGGUUGGAAGUGACUUUAUUGGCGAUAUUCCUUUAUAUCAAAAGAUUCUUGCAGCUUUGUUAACUGGAGCUAUAGCUAUUAUUGUAGCUAAUCCAACUGAUCUUGUUAAAGUUCGGCUUCAAUCAGAAGGAAAGUUACCGGCUGGGGUUCCUAGGCGUUAUGCAGGAGCUGUAGACGCUUAUUUCACCAUUGUGAAGCUGGAAGGAGUUAGUGCGCUAUGGACUGGACUUGGUCCCAAUAUUGCCCGGAAUGCUAUUGUAAAUGCUGCAGAGUUAGCUAGUUAUGAUCAAAUAAAGGAGACAAUUAUGAAAAUUCCGUUCUUCAGAGACAGUGUUUUAACUCAUCUACUAGCUGGUUUAGCUGCAGGCUUCUUCGCUGUCUGCAUCGGUUCUCCAAUUGAUGUGGUAAGCAUUCAUUUUCGUCUUUUACAUAAAUCAACAACAAGAUUAUUUGGUUUUCGUCUCAUCAUGUGUGGUAGUGCGUAUAUCUACAAUAAAUUUCAGUGAGAAGUGAUAGAUCUGAAAACGAAAGUGCUAAGUGCCUAAAUCAUUGUUCUUUUUGAGAACGAACAAAAGAGACUUAGUACUGACUGAGUUCUAUUUAUUGGUUUGUGGCAAAGAGUAGGUAUUUAUCACAGAAUAUCUCUUUAAAGGACAAGGUAUUAGAAUGGACAUAGCUCUACUUUGAAAGUGACAUCGGUGUAGCGUCUCACAUGUUUGUGUCUUCCACAUUUUAUGUUUCUGACCUCUUGCUUGGUGAUUUGACUUUGGUAAAUGCAGCAUUAUUAGAUAGUAAUGCUCUACGGAAGGAGAAAUUAGUAUUAACCUGUUACCGAAGGAAACAAAAUGGUUGAUACUUUGGUAUUUGCCCUAAACGGCCAUGGUUCUUCUUUAUAUGUUGUUCCAGGUGAAAUCUAGAAUGAUGGGAGACUCUACUUACCGAAACACAGUCGAUUGCUUCAUCAAAACGAUGAAGACCGAGGGGAUUAUGGCAUUCUACAAAGGAUUUCUCCCGAAUUUUACACGGCUAGGAACCUGGAAUGCCAUUAUGUUCCUCACAUUAGAACAAGUGAAAAAAGUGUUUCUAAGAGAAGUCUUGUACGAUUGAUUCUCAGAUCCCUAGUCGAAAACCAUACCUUAUUACAUAAUCCCUUCUAUAAAACUUUGAAUUGUUAGAAUUAAAACAUAUAUACUUUCUAUGUUAUGUGAGCUUUGUUAUUUAGAUUAGUAUAGAAACAUUUUAUCC